AUGGACUCACCUGGGUCACAGGGUGCUCCGCGAUUCUCCAGUUUCAAUCCACCUGCUCCCAAUACCUCUCAGAUCCCUGCCACUAGCGAACCUGAAACUCGCCGGCAUCGCCCGCGCCCUCACCGGCGCGCAGACCAGCAUGGAUCUCCGCGCAUUCCCCGCCCUAGCAGAAGCCGCCGAGAUGGCGGUAAUAAUGAGGCGGUAGAUGAGGAAAGAAAGGGUCGCACAGGUGAUGAAAGAAGAAGCGAUGUAAAACCCGCAAAUGAGGAAGGUGAGAUCGCCAUGUUUGUCGUCGACAUCAAAGGUGAUCGUGGGGUUACCCGUUACGGCGUCGAUAAAUACGAGGCUCCUACGUAUCGUCGCAGCGGAUCGGGCUCUGUACUUGGACUUCCAGACUACCGUAUUGAAUACGAAACGCGACAUGCCGACUCUCUUCUUCUUCUGCCUAGCAGCGCAGCCUCGACCAUCAAGCCUAAGCCUCUUUCCGCUAAGGCUCCGGCUCCUUGGUCCAGAGAUGUUCCCAUUCGUGUCCAUCCCGGCAACAGCGUGGACACAGCAGCAGACUUCGAACAUGCGCCGGACUUCAUCUCCACAGCAGCCCCGCCUCAAUCUGGCGUUGCGGCAAGUGCUAACCCUGAUGAUGAACAAAACCCCUAUCUCUCGAUCUGUAACAUCGGCAUGACCGAAGAGGAAGCUACCACUGAGAGUUCAAAUGGAGACAAAGCGUCUCGCAUUGUUGCUGAAGCUAAGAUCCUGCACCGCAAUGCUGAGCUGCAUCGCGCAGUCGCGGAAAAUCCUCACGAUCUCAGGUCAUGGCUUCUUCUUGCCGAGCACCAAGAACUUGCCGCGCUUGGUGCCAAAUACGAUGACCGUCCUCUCAGCCAUGCGGAACAACAACUCGUGGCGAGGGAUAAGCUUUAUGUUUAUGACAAAGCCAUCAAGGCAAACCCGGAAAAUCCCGAUCGCGAAUACUUCGUAUUGCGUCGCAUGGAAGAGGGUGCGAAAGUCUGGGAUGUCCCAAAACUUACACGUGAAUGGGAAGAAGUCCUCUGCUACCACUCUGAGUUCAUCAAUCUGUGGAUUGAGUAUCUUGACUACUGUCAGACUGAUGCCCAAGAUUUCCAAUUUGACUCCUGCUUUAAGUCUUAUGUCUACUGCUUGAAACUCCAUUCAAACGUCGGCUUCGGUCCACAUAAAGCUCAUAUUCGAGCAUACUUGCUGCUGCGUUUGACCCUGUUUCUCCGGGAAUCUGGACACAUGGAGCUGGCUGUCGGUCUUUGGCAAGCAGUGUUGGAAUUCGUGAUCUUCCGACCCGAUAGUUUCUCGACUAAUAAAAAGCUUGCCCUGGAAGAAUUCAAAAGCUUCUGGGUGCCUGAGUACACGAAGAUUGGAGAGUCCAACUGGCAGCCCUGGAACCGCGAGUCAGGUGCCCGUACUCCUCCCAACAGGCAAGUCUACAGUCUUGAGGCAGAUCUACCUAAUUUGUUCGGAAGCUGGGCCUCGGCUGAAAGAGAAAGGAUGAUCAAACAUCGCAUGCCGUCUCAUUCUUUCGAUGAAUCCAAGGAGGAUGAGGCUUAUCGAGUGGUGCUUCUUGAAGAUUGCACACAGAUACUGGUAUACUUCUGGGAUUUAACAGAUGGCUUAGGCUAUCUGGUUGAUGGAUUUUUGCAGUUCUGUCACUUGCCUCAGUUGACGUUUCCCGCCAAUAUGCGAACCAGUCGACUAUGGGCCGGCGACAGCUUCCUACGGAACGAAUACAUGGAUGAUCCUCAAAGUACAAUUGCAGGCUGGAUCAAUUUUCAUCAAUACUGCGCGACGACCACCAUUGAACCGUUUUCAUUCCCUCACCAUACCUUCAUCCAUACCACAGACACACUUUUCGCUGAUCCACAGCAUUGGUUCUCCGCUUUCACCAAGUGGGCAGCAACCACUUCCCAAAAGUCCUCCAUCAUCAAUUCCGAUUUUGUCCUCUUGACUCUCUAUGCUUUUGUCGAAACUUUCACUGACAGCUACUUGGCUGAGUACGCUAUUGCAUUGUCUUUUGCGUGUAACAAUAAUCUGGGCAAAAGAUACGGAAAGCUAAUGUUGAAAGAUCGCUCGUCAGAUCUAAGACUUUAUAACGCUGUUGCGCUCACGCAUUGGCGAAUUGGCGAUCAUGAGAUGGCUUACAAGGUGUGGUCAACUGCGUUGACAAUGAGCCGGAGUUUCGACACCUGCGAGCUCAUUGACUCUGUACUUCUGUGGAAUUCAUGGAUCUGGGAAUUGCUCAAUGACGGGCAAAAUGAGCGAGCAUCCUACCUGUUGCAGGCCAUGCCGUACAAAAGAGUUCAGACUCUGGCCUACGAUACAGCCGACGACUUUGAGUUCAACAACACCAAUGUGAUCAGGCUCAAACGCUUCUUGGCUUCCGCACAGGAAGAUGCCCUGGAGUUUGGGAAACUCCAGGCUUACACAAAGUACACUGAUUGCUAUGCUCUCACUCGCUAUCUGAUGGGUGCCUCACUGCAGAGAGUCCUUGAGGUGUAUGACACAGCUAUUCAAACCAUUGAGAAUACGCUCAAGACACAACGUGACAACAAGGCUUUCGGUCGCGAGCUGGUGCACCAAGCCCGAGCUAGGCUCAUGUACCACUAUGUGACUAGCCAAAGUGGCCAGUUCAAGCCCGCCGACGUCCGCAAGGUGCUGUUGGAUAGUAUCGACCGAUACCCUCACAACACCAUGUUCCUGUCGCUAUUCAAAUGGAAUGACGCUCGGUUGCAGCUCACCCAUCGGACCCGUGACAUCUUCGACGUCACUCUCGGAACAAGGGUCAGAUCCGCUCAAGGUCUCAAGCCCGGAUCGAUGUACCGCGCACCCGUCACGACCCAUUUGUUCAACAUCUACAGUGAACUGGGUCGUCCUCUCAUCACGGGGUCAACUGCGCACUCGAUCCGAGGUGCCUUUGAGCGGGCGAUCAUCGACGCGAUGAUCCCAGCCAAGACCAGCCCCUUCGAGCUCGCAAGCUCGACAGCCGCCAGGAGCAACGUCACGCUCUGGAAGCUGUACUUGCUCUUCGAGCUCUACGGGGAGUGCAGUGUCCGCCGCGCCCGCGAAGUUUACUUCCGGGCCGUGCGCGCCUGCCCCUGGUCGAAGGAGGUGUUCUUACUCGCGUUUGAGCACCUCCGGGCUGAUCUGACCCGCCGCCUGCCCACCAAGGCGGAAGUGAACCCUGCAGGGUUCACUACUACAGAGCUUCGACCUCUGUAUGUCGAGAUGCGUCGUCGGGGACUCCGGGUCCACUACCCUGUGGAGGACUUCUGGGCCCACCAGGGCGAGGAGAGUGAGGUGUCGUAA